AUGCCCACUGUCAAUCCCUCCUUCGAGGAGGCUAUCAAGGUCACUCCCCAAGGCGCAAACAAAUACAGCGCCUUUCUCCGACCAGAAUGGUGCAUUGGAACCGUCCCCCACGGUGGUUAUACAACGGCCGUAAUCUACAAGCUGGCCCUCACACAUUUCGCCCACGCCCACCCAAAGCAAUACAAAAGCCCAGCCUCGCCAAUCUCCCUCCAGCUUUCCUUCCUGCGACGCACAGCCUCAGGCCCUGCAACCUUUGAAGUAGAAGACAUCAAGAUCGGAGCCCGCACAAGCACCAUCCACAUCAAGCUCCUGCAACCUUCUGAAAAGAAAUCCGGCACCCUAGAAACAAUGGUAGCCGGCUACAUCACUGUCAGCCCCCCGGAUGCCGAAGUAGGCAUCAGCGCAAAAACAGGCUGGAAGCCUUACCCGUCUCCGCCGGCCGGCUCCCGCCCCGACGGCUCAAUAGAUUUUGCAUCCCUGGCGCGCACCGGUUCCGACGGCGCAUGGCAGAAACUCGAGACGCCGUUCCCGGAAUUCCGCAAAGCAUCCUCGCAGAUCGAGCUGUACGGGCCUGGUGAUGGGGCUACGCAGCAGAAGCGCAAUGGCGGGAUGGGGAUCGAUCAGUGGGCGCGGUUCCGGCCUCAUGGGGAUGUGAAUGGGCGGUGGACGGAUGCCGCCGUUACCUAUUUGAUUGAUAUGUUUCCCAUGGCACUGGACGGGUUCGAUACCAUGUCUGCUACUGCGGCGGCGAGGGAGAACGGAGGCUCUGUUGAGGCGCAGCGGGCGAAGUUUUGGUAUCCUACUGUUACGUUGAAUGUGGAUAUGAAGAAACAUCUUCCUGCUGGUGGGGUGGAGUGGCUUUAUAGUCGGGUUGUUACUAAGGUUGUGAGGGAUGGGAGGACGGAUUUGGAGGUUACGGUUCUUGAUGAAGCUGGGGAGGUUAUUGCACUUAGUACGCAGGUCGGGUUGGCUGUCAGUGCUAGUCGGAAUGUUGGGACGAGGAAGUUGGAGAAGUUGUAG